GGGGAGCGGCUGCUGCCACCGCUUCCCGGUCUCCUGCGCCGGGGACGGCAUCGCCCGCUCCCUGCCCGGCUUGUCCACACCACAGCCCCGUUGCCCGCCGAGCCAGGCAACAUGAGCGGCUCCGGCCCGGAGGCGCCCCAGCCCGGCGAGACGCAGGAGGUCCAGCUGCAGGAGGCCGACCAGGACUGGGCGGCGGCCAAGGCUUUCUACGAUAACCUGGUCUCCAAGAAACCCCGGCCGCCCAAGCCUCAGAAUGCCAUCACGGUGGCCGUCUCCUCCCGAGCCCUCUUCGACAUGGUGGAGGAGCGGCGGAUCUACGAAGAGCAAGGGAUGGAGAAGUACGUACAGUACCAGGAAGACAACGAGAACGUCACCCUCAAACCCGGACCGGCUUUCUACUUUGUCAAGGCACUGGAGCAUGUCAAUGCCCGACUUCUUGAACUGUACCCUGAUGAUGAAGAACGAUUUGAUAUUGUUCUGAUGACUAAUAACCAUGCCCAAGUGGGAGUCAGACUCAUAAACAGCAUCAAUCACUAUGGCUUAACAAUUGAACGUUUCUGUAUGACGGGAGGAAAAAGCCCAGUUGAUUACCUGACUGCAUACCUUACAGAUUUGUACCUCUCAGCAGACUCUGAAAAAGUACAAGAAGCUAUAGAAGCAGGCAUCGCAGCAGCUACGAUGUUCACUGCCAACAAAGAUAUUCCUUACUCGGACACACAGUUGAGGGUGGCAUUUGAUGGGGAUGCAGUUCUCUUUUCUGAUGAAUCAGAACAGAUUUACAAAGAGCAAGGAUUAGACAGAUUUUUUGAACAUGAGAAGCUGAAUGAAAAUAAGCCUCUUGCACAGGGUCCUUUGAAAGGUUUUCUGGAAGACCUAGGGAAACUCCAGAAGAAGUUCUAUGCAAAAAACGAACGGUUAAAUUGUCCUAUAAGGACCUACCUGGUUACAGCCAGAAGUGCAGCAAGCUCUGGAGCCAGAGUGCUGAAGACUCUUCGUAGCUGGGGUCUGGAGAUUGAUGAGGCACUUUUCCUAGCAGGAGCUCCUAAAGGACCAAUCCUGGUGAAAAUCCGCCCGCACAUUUUCUUUGAUGACCAGAUGUUUCACAUCGAAGGAGCACAGAAAUUAGGGACCAUAGCUGCACAUGUUCCCUAUGGCAUUACUCAGAAACACCACAAAUCUUCAUGACUGGAUGGCAUCAUUAACAAUAAGGUUUCUAACUCAGCCAGCCUCUAACAUACCAAUAGUUGUGUCUAAAACCCUCUACAUUUGUAUAUUUUAAGCACUGUGGUUAAAGAUUUAACUCAGGCCAGAGCAGCCUUUAAAGGAAAUAUUUUUAAUAUAGGCAAGUUUUAAUUUAAGAGAGUUCUUAAGUGGAUCUAACACUGUUUUUGAUAUUGGGAGAAUAUUUUUACUGUUUUUAUAGCUUGAGGAAAAUUUUGAAAGACAGAACAGUUAUAUUUUCUCUAAAAAACUAUUGGCAGGUUAUUUAUAACAGAAGUCAUGCUGCUGUGCUAGUCUUUAUUAUUUCUGAAAUUGCUAGAAGCACUGUUUGCCUGUGUUUACCUGUAUGUGGUUUUCUUGUUAAGUAUGUGUUCAGUAAGUUUGUUAUAAUGUUUCAGCUUUCAGUGAAAUGUUCAUUUAUUUAAUCUUGUGUUUACAGGAACCUUUUUUUUUUAUAUAUUGUUCUCCUAUUCUAAUAAAGCUGGCUUUAC